AUGUCAACAACUUCUAGAUUUGUGCUCCGCGCAGCCCGACCCUACAGUACUCCGACGGCUUCGGCUCCGACCGUCCGAUCUUCUGAUGCUUCGUCGACUCCACCGCCGCCGCCGCCGCCCGUCAAUUUACUAUCCGAAAGCGAGUCAUUCUUCGUGGAUACCGGUACGCAAACUGAUUUUUCCGCACAUUUUUCGACAUUUUCAUCACAAUUUCAGUUCGAAAGUUCUCGCAAAACGUGGUGAAGCCGCUGGUGAGGGAGAUGGACAGAAACUCGAGAAUGGAUCCGAUUGUGACGCGAGGAGCGUUUGAGAACGGGGUGAGCGUCAUGAUUUGACGUUGGUUCUAACUGAAAAAGCUCUUGAAAACUCAAAGAUCGACUGGUAGAAAGGCACUCCAAAAUACCGUUUAUUUAAAGCGAUAUAACUCGACUGUUGUUGGAGAUAUCAAAAAGUUGUCAACUGAAAAUUUGUUCACAAAGACAUUGUGCACAUUUUAUUAGUUGACGAUUUUUUGAUAUCUCCACCGCCAACUGAGAUACAUCGGUUUGAAUCGGGUGCCGUUCUAUUACAGCGUUUACCGUCCUGCAGAGUUGAGCGGAAGAAUUUUUAUCUUUUUUUGAAAAUUUUUUCAUGGAAUGUGAUCAACUGACGAAAUGUGUAGCAAAGUGUGCUCUGCUCAUAGAAAAAUAAUUGUAAAUUUAGCUUUUCAUACAAAAAAGUUAUUCGAGUACGGAAGACGGAAGAACAUUUUCACGGAACAACUCGAAUAACUUUUUUGUAUGAAACGCUAAAUUUGCAAUUAUUUUUCUAUGAGCACAGUUCACUUUGCUAUACAUUUCGUCAGUUGUGCACAUUUCAUGAAAAAAUUUUCUAAAAAAGAUAAAAAUUCUUCUGUCUACAAAUCACUUUUUUUUUCUUGCAGCUAAUGGGCCUCCACGUUGCCGAAGAGUACGGCGGCUCGGGCUCCUCGUUCUUCGACGCGAUGCUCGUGAUCGAAGAGCUCGCCAAGACGGACCCGUCCGUGUCGGCGAUGGUCGGCAUCCACAACACACUGCCCGUCGCGAUGCUCGUCGAUCACGGCGACGAGGAGCAAAAACGCAAAUGGCUGCCGCGUCUCUGCUCCGAUUCGCUCGCCUCUUUUUGCAUUUCGGAGGCGGGCGCCGGCUCCGACGCGUUUUCGCUGAAAACUGUGGCUCGGCGGGAUGAGGAUCCGGAAUACUUUCGGAUCACCGGCUCGAAAAUGUGGAUCACCAACUCUGGCGACGCGCAACUGUUUGUCGUGUUUGCGAACGCGGACCCCGCGCGCCGCCACAAAGGCAUCACGUGUUUUCUGGUGGAAAGACGCGCCGAGGGAUUGAGUGUGGGCAAAGAGGAGGACAAGUUGGGCAUUCGGGCCUCGUCCACGUGUGCGGUGCACUUUGACAAUGUCCGAGUGCAUCGAUCGGCCAUACUUGGCGAGUAUGGAAAAGGUACGCUUCACAAAAGUGUAGAAAAGGGCGGGGGCGUGGCCUAAUCUGAGACGCCGCAAUUCCAGCACUUUUCCGAUAUUUUUGUGUUUGAUAUCGACGAAAGAAGAGACAUUAAAGAGAGAAAACAUUGAAAUUUUCGUGAAAACGCCGCGUUUGAGACGUUUUUGGCAUAUUUCGCAAUUCGGAAUUUUCAGCAAAAAACUUGAAAAUCGAUUCAAUUGAUUCAUUUCUGAUUUUUGACGAAAAAAAUGUGAAAAAUGGGGUUAAAUUUCGAAAAUGGUGAUAAACCGUGCAAGCUAGGCCACGCCCCUUUCUACGUUUUUGGUCGCCGUGGCGCGCUGUCAUUAACAAUUCGGAAAUUCUCUGUUUCACCUUAUUUUUCUCAUUUUCGGAAGAAAUUUCGGGGUUUUCGGAGAAAAAAUCCAGAAAUUUCAGCGACUCGCUUUUGUUUUCAUCAACGACACUCCGUUUUAACGCGGCGCGCGGCGACCAAAAGUGUAGAAAGGGGCGUGGCCUAAUCUGAGACGCGUUUUCUGAAAAUUGCCGCAAUUCCAGCACUUUUCCGAUAUUUUUGUGUGUUUGAUAUCGACGAAAGAAGAGACAUUAAAGAGAGAAAACAUUGAAAUUUUCGUGAAAACGCCGCGUUUGAGACGUUUUUGGCAUAUUUCGCAAUUCGGAAUUUUCAUACCGGCCGAUCUGGAUAGUUUUGAGACGAAGUGAGUGUCGGAAGUGAUGAGGCACGUUAAUACAAGUAUUUUAAGCCCUGAAACGGCAAAAAGUGUCGGCGAAUGACUGAAAUUAACGCAUUUUCAGCAAAAAACUUGAAAAUCGAUUAAAUUGAUUCAUUUCUGAAUGAAACCUGCUCGUUUUAAGCUCAAAAAGUGCGCGAUGAUUUGUUUAACAAAAGCUAUGCAAUUAUCAUCAUUUCACCGCUCCUGCCCCCUGAGAAAAGCCCGCGAAGUUCAAAUGGUGCGCCGCCCCUUCAGCGUUCAAUUCUUGCAAGUAGCGCGCGCAGUUUUCGCAACGGUGCCGCACGCAUUUUGCUUUUCAGUUCGACAGUGAAAAAACAAGUGAAAAAAUAAUUCGUUGUCGGCUUUUAGUGUAUUUUUUCUGAAAAGAAGAUCCAAUAAGGCGACAGAAUAGGUUUUGAUAACAAAAAAAUAAUAUUCUGCUUUAAUUUUCAAGAAUUCGGUGUUCAGAGCAAAAACUGCGCGCGCUACUUUCAAGAAUUGAACUCUGAAGGGGCGGGGCCCCAUUUGAACUUCGCGGGCUUUUCUCAAGGGGCAGGAGCGGUGAAGUUAUGCAAUUACAUCGUCGAAAUCGGCCAAAAAUUCAAAAUUUGGGAAUUUUUUGACGAAAAACAUGUGAGAAAUGGAGUUAAAUUUCGAAUUUCGAAUUUCAAGCUAGGCCACGCCCCUUUCUACGUUUUUGGCCGCCGUGGCGCUUUGUUGAUGACUGACGCGAACCGCAAAAAAAAGUAGUAUUCUAGGCUACAAGUACGCGAUCGAGUGUCUCAACGCGGGGCGCAUCGCGAUUGGCGCUCAAAUGAUCGGACUGGCGCAGGGAUGUUUCGAUCAGACGAUUCCGUACUUGCAACAGAGGGAGCAGUUCGGCUCGCGGCUCAUCGACUUUCAGGUAUUAAAGAUGUCGACCUGAGGUCGACCGAAAGACAUCGACCUCGUGUAAAAUGUGGCGUUUCAGGGAAUGCAACACCAGAUCGCUCAAGUUCGCACUGAAAUCGAGGCCGCCCGUCUUUUGGUCUACAACGCCGCGCGGAUGAAAGAGAACGGAUUGCCGUACGUGCGAGAGGCCGCAAUGGCGAAGCUGUACGCGUCUCAGGUACGUAUCGUUUAUUCAAAUCGAUCUAUCUCGACUGCCUUAAUGUCGCGUCCAAAGUCUCGGAAACCCCCGCAAAUCUCGCGGAUUUUGCAGUUCAAAGUCGGCAGAAAUUUGCGGGAAAUCCGGGGUGCGCACAGCUGAACGAGUGUUACCGUACACCAUAAAACUACGGUAUUUUUUGAAAAUUUACGCAAGAAAUUUGAAAAAUUUCAAAUAUUCUCGAGAAAUUUAAUUUUUUUCAAAAAAUACCGUUGAGAAUUUACCCAAGAAAUUUGAAAAUUUUCAAAUAUUCUUGAGAAAAUUUAAAUUUAAAAAAAAUACCGUUGAAAAUUUGAAAAAAAUUUGAAAAAUUUCUUGGCUGAAUUUUCAACGGUAUUUAAAAAAAAAAAUUUAAAUUUCUCGAGAAUAUUUGCAAUUUUUCAAAUUUCUUGCGUAAUUUUUCAAAAAAUACCGUAGUUUUAUAGUGUACGGUAACACUCGUUCAGCUGUGCGCACCCCGAAUUUCCCGCAAAUUUCUGCCGACUUUGGACUGCAAAAUCAGCGAGAUUUGCGGGGUUUUUCGAGACUUUGGACGCGGCAUUAAGAUAUUGUGCACCACAUUUUAUCAGUUGACACAUUUUGGAUAGCUCCACAGCCAGCUCAAAUAUAUUGGUUUUUUUCAUCGGAUAUUCAAGUGCUUGCAGGUAGCCACCUCGACGUCCGCUCAAUGUGUGAAAUGGCUCGGCGGCGUCGGAUUCACCAAAGAGUUUCCGGUCGAGAAGUUCUAUCGCGACGCGAUGAUCGGCGAGAUCUACGAGGGAACGUCCAACGUUCAGUUGAACACCAUCGCCAAGUUGAUCGACGUCGAGUACAAGUUGAGGAACUGA